UUGCCAUAGACAGACCAUUGACCAUGCAUACUCCGCUUGCGGCUGCCUCGCUGGGGCGCUCAUUGACGUCCAGCAGGUUUGAGCAGGAGGAGGGGCUUGCCCCUGCUGCCGUUGGAUUUGGAUUUGGAUUUGACAUCAGAAAAGAAAGGAAAAAGAUUCGACAGCGGACUGUCCAACCACAGCCGGCCCUUCACCCCACGCUGCCCUGCCCGCUGUUGUCCAUCAGCACACACUCACUCCAUAUCUUUUUAUUUUUUAUAUUUCAUCUCUUUGUUCUGCAGUCGUAUCCAUUUCCCUCCUCUUUCCUCUCUCCCGCUGCUCCUCCCUUCCUCCUCUCCUCCACUUCUCCUCUCCUCCACCUUCUACUCUGCUUCUUUUUGCCAGUCGCAUUCCCUUGGUCUGCCUGCAUUCCACCACCGCCUACCUCUUCAUCCCCUUUCCGUGUUCGCGCCUGAUCAGUCAUGAAGUUUGGCCACCAACUCAAGACCUCGCUCUACCCAGAGUGGGUCUUCUACUACCUCGCCUACGACAAACUCAAGGCCGAGCUCAAAGCCCGCCUCAGCAAUAACAACGGCCGCUGGACAGAAGACGACGAGACCGCGUUCGCAGAGCUGCUGGAGAAGGAGCUCGACAAGGUCUAUUCAUUCCAGAAGGUCAAGUCCGGCGAGAUCAUGCGUCGUCUGCAGCAUUCUAAACAGGAGGUCGAGGAGAUCAUUCAGUCGAACGACGCCCAAAACGAGGAUUAUGCCCUGCUGGAGGAGGAGCUCCAGCACAUCAUUGCUGACGUUCAUGACCUUGCCAAGUUCACCCGCCUCAAUUACACUGGAUUCCUCAAGAUCAUCAAGAAGCACGACAAACUGACCCAUUGGAUUCUCAGACCCAUCUUUAUGGUCCGCCUCAAUUCAAAGCCCUUCUACAAGGAAAACUACGACGCUUUGAUCGUUAAACUCUCGAGUCUGUAUGACACAGUCAGGACGCGAGGAAAGGCACACGGAGGCGACUCUUCUGCAGGAGGCUCCCAGCAGGCCUUUGUUCGUCAGACCACCAAAUACUGGGUCCACCCUGACAACAUUACAGAGCUCAAGCUUAUUAUCUUAAAACAUCUCCCAGUUUUAGUUUUCAAUCCUAACAAGGAAUUCAACCCUGCCGACAGCGCCAUUUCGUCCGUGUACUUUGAUAAUGAUGAGUUUGAGCUCUACAUGGGUCGUCUCGAGAAGUCCGAGGGUGCAGAGGCUCUUCGUCUGAGAUGGUACGGUGGCAUGGACAAUCAGCAGAUCUUUGUGGAGCGCAAGACCCAUCGUGAGGAUUGGACAGGGGAAAAGUCCGUUAAGGCACGAUUCCCUAUCAAGGAAAAAUACGUGAACGCAUUCUUGCGCGGCGAAUAUACCAUGGACGCCACCGUCGCCAAAAUGAGGGCCGAAGGCAAAAAGUCGGAGAAGGAGAUUGCUGAAUUUGAGCAGCUCGCUGCAGAGUGUCAAUACGGUAUUCUGACCAAGAACUAUGGGCCUGUCAUGCGUACGUUCUAUAACAGAACUGCUUUCCAGCUUCCCGGUGACGCACGUGUCCGUAUCUCGCUCGACACCGAGUUGACCUUGAUCCGUGAAGACAAUCUGGACGGCAGACGCAGAUCAGGCGACAACUGGCGUCGUAUGGAUAUCGGAAUCGACUGGCCAUUUAGCCAGCUUCCCGAUGAGGACAUUUGCCGAUUUCCCUAUGCGGUUCUCGAAGUCAAAUUGCAGACACAGCAUGGCCAGGAGCCCCCAGAGUGGGUCCGUGAACUCGUCAACUCUCACUUGGUCGAGUCCGUGCCAAAAUUCUCAAAAUUCAUUCAUGGUGUCUCGACCUUGCUUGAAUCACGCGUCAAGCUGUUCCCCUUCUGGUACCACCAGAUGGAUAUUGAUAUUCGUAAGCCAGCCUCCAAGAACAUGUCGAUCUCUCGACCCGAUCCUAGCGGCUACAGCACACCUGCCAACACGACGAGCGACGAGGAUCAUGACACGAGGAUCACGACAGGAGACGAGGAAGAAGAUUAUCAGGGCGGAGCCAAGACUGCGCAACAGUACGAAUGGGUCGAUGAGGAGGAGGACGAGGAAAAUCCACUGGAGCCUUCGGCGAGUUGGAUCCAGCGCCCAUCCGGCGCCUCCAGCAGCGCCUCUAGCGAACAAACGCCGCUCUUGGGUGGACAACGACGCCCACUGAAGAGCAAGAACUCGCUCAUCUCACCCUUCAAGCCUGGCGCUGACACACUCCGCUACCUAUUCCGCCGCACCAAGGACAGAUCUUCACAUGCCAAUGGCGAUGAACCAGAUGUGGACCAGACGACAUACUUGAUCACCCCUCCGGGACGCAAGAUUGCAACGCUGGUCCGUGUCGAGCCCAAGGUCUAUUUCGCCAAUGAACGCACGUUCCUUUCCUGGCUCCAGUUCACGGUAGUAUUGGGCGGUCUUUCGUUGGGCCUGCUAAAUUUUGGAGACAAGACUUCGCGAGUGAGCGCGGGUCUCUUUACGUUCGUUGCUCUAUCCUUCAUGGUUUAUGCGCUCGUCACGUAUCACUGGCGCGCAUACAAGAUUCGCAACAAGGAGCUGGGACCGUUCGAUGACCGGAUCGGACCCACACUCUUGUGCUUCAUCCUCUUGACGGCCAUGGUCACCAACUUUUUCUUACAGUGGGCUUAUGAGAAGAAGCAUAGGCCUUAAAAAGGACAGUAAACUGGACGAUCACGAUCACCGCGGUAGCCAUCGACUCCUCAAUGAUAUGAUGCAUCCCUCGUGUAGCAGUGGUAGCGGCAGCAACAGCAGCAUUCUAGCAUUAAAUAUUAUUGAAGAACUC